AGGCGUUCCGUAGCUCUCUCUAUGAAGGUCUAGAAAAGCCUGAGUCUCGAACCUCCAUCCAUAAUUUCAUGGCUCAUCCUGAAUUCCGGGUCGAAGAUUCACAGCCCCACAUUCCCCUCAUCGACGACACCGACCUGGAAGAAGAUGCCGCGCUCAAGCAGAACUCGAGCCCGCCGUCCUCGCUCAACAAGAACAACAGCGCCAUCGACAGCGGGAUCAACCUGACGACUGACACAAGCAAAUCAGCUACCUCUUCAAGUCCAGGGAGCCCCAUCCACAGCCUGGAGACGUCGCUUUAGCUGAGGACCCCGCCACCACCCACCUCCCGGGCACCCACCCGUCCAGGCACCCGACUCACCCAAGCAGCAACGAGCAACAGCAGGAAACCAAAUACAGGCGAGAAAACCGUUUCCACCCAACAGACCCUUUUUCUGGCUGCGAUGCUGUUUGAACUCUUUUUCACUUUGAGGCGAGGGCGGGCUCUCCUCCGGGGGCUUAAGGGAGUGAGCGGUUUUUCCCAGAACUAGCCCUUCCUGGCUCCCACCCGACAUGGACCAGCCAUGCCCCCGCCCGGCGCCAUGUCCCCUGCAUGAAUGUACCGUACACUUCCGGUCCUCCCCUUGUUUGGUUUUUGGGGGGUUGGGGAGGGGGUUUUUUUUUUUGUUGGUUGGUUUGUUUUCUUAGGCGGGA